CCAACUUCAUUCAAUUUGACAAUUAAUUGUUUUAAAAUUAAUCUCUGAGUUGUGUUUUCUCAGAUUGACCAUUCUGGCUAUGACAGAGGUGGGCGGAUUUAGAGAUUUGUGGAACGAUACCCAAUUUGUCAAACAGGAACUAUACAGUCGGGUAUCAUCUCAGCAAGCCAUACAUUUUUUGUUCGACUUUUUAAAGCCUACACACUGUUCAGUAUCAGGUGGUUGUACGAAGAACUUUUUGUCACCAUUUAAAAUACCAAACGAUGCAAGUAAGGCUCCAUUUACAUUCGAUGUCAAAGGAUGGAGUGACAUUCCUUCAGGAAUCGUAAAAUACACCCUUGUUGUGCAUAAACUGAUGAAGAAAUCUAAUUCAAAUUUAUUGACUAUAGAGGCAAAAAGGAAUCCUUUCCAUCUUGAAGAAAGGAAUGUAGCUGCUCUCCCUUUUCCAAAAUUUCUACCCUCGAGUUCGGGGGUUUAUGCAUUUAUUUUAAAAGUUACUGAUGAAGCUAACAAUUCUGAGUUUGCUCGACAAAUUGCCAUAUUUGACCCGUAUUCUACCAUCUCAACCACUGCAGAAUCGAACUUUUUUGUGUCAAGUGCAGAAAAACUCGGCAAUUAUAGCUGGCAAUCACGGGGCUCAUAUAUACAAUUCACGUGGGAAAACUAUUUUAUUAACGCAUACCAAGUUGAAAACCAUCUCUUAUUGCCUGUUGAAGAGUUUUCAAUUGACGGAAGGGAUACAAAUAUUAACGAAGAGGAAGAAAAGAGUAAAGGCGAAGAUGUGAAGUAUUUGUACGAUGAUCACGACGGAAAAAGAACACUUUCUGGUGUAGAGCAUGUUAACGGAAUAACUGGGUUUGAUGUCUUCUACUCCUACAUUUCGUAUCUAACCUCUUCAACAAAUGACGGAACAACCCCCAGCGAUGAGCCAUUUAAUCUUACCAACACAAAUACUACUGCUGAAUUAGCUGCAACCAAUACUUCAAAUAAGAUGCGAAUGAAAAGAAGUUCACAUGGUUCCUUGCCAGCAACUAUAAAUCCUAACACUAUUGAAAACACGUUCGCUCCGACUUCAGUGGAACCUACUACUCCGACAAUCUUGCAAGCAAGCAGAAGUGGGGGAACGGAAAACAAGUGGAUUGCAAUUCGUAAUAUCACACAGAGUACUUUUGUACUAAAACAGGAGUGGAGAGACGGUGACAGUAUAAAUAUCUCUGUCAGAGCUCGUGAUAUAAUGAAUAAUACAAAGACUGAAUCUAGACUCGUCAGUUUCGACGGAUCACCUCCUUCUGUGAAUGAAGCCAUCUUUACAAAAAAUGUUGGCAAUAGUUCAUACAAAUAUUCAAGCAGAGUUAGUAUCAUGGCUUCCGACGAGCACAGUGGUGUCCGACAGGUGCGAUGGCGACUAACAGACAAGGCCAAACAGGAUGAGAUAUAUAAAGAAGGAUACCUGAGAAACGAUCCCAUUCAGCGGUCCGAAUGUUCUACGAUUGACGAUUGUUACUGUAUUCCCAUGGGAGAAUGCUACAAAAAGAAGAUGGAAUUUGACUUUGAUAAUUGUUGGUUGGCCACCGACAAAUCGCUUUUGACCAAAGACAUAUUUGUUCUUGAAAUUGAAGCCUUUAACCAAGCCAUGUUGUCAUCUGAAGUUACGCGAUACGAGUUGGGCCGUUUGACAUCGUUUGAUGGAAUUGAUGACGGUUAUGGGAUAAGAAAUCUGACAAGUGAGUCUUUCGGAAAUGGAACCAAAUUGACAUGGGAAAAUGUUCCAUCCUGUUACAAAAUCUCUGACGUCACCGUUCUUCUGUACAACGAUUGUGACAAAGCCAAAGCUCCACGGCAGAUAACUCUUCCAACCACUAAAACAGAAUAUGUAUUGGACGACCUCCAAUAACGCAACAACUGAGUAAAUCUGAAAGAGUCAAUAAUAAACCCACUUUACCGUAACCAAAUGUAUCAAUCUAAUAAAUCUUUUUUAGACUAAAGACUUAACCACACGAGAUCAUAACAUUUAAUCUAUAACAACACUAAAUGUUGAUACCUUUAUAAAACAAUAUUUCU